AUGGGCAACAAUCCUUCCAAGGGCCCUACCGGAGACGGCCCGAGCCCGGUUACUUCGGGCACCACGAGCCUGACGGCUUCGACGAGUGAAAAACGAGCGGCUCGCGGCUCUGCAGUCAAUGCUUCGAAAGCUCCCGCAGCUGACCCUUCCGCCUCGAAGGAAAUCGCAACGGGACAGUCCUCCGUUCAGCACCAACCCCUGCCAUCACGCAAUGUCGCAGAUUUGCCCACACGGACGGUAGACCGGCCCGAUCGCCACGAGGCCAGAAAGACAGAUGCCCCUCGUCCGAGACACAUACCGUCAGCCGAUGCGUCCAACCCCGUCCAGGUCCCGAUCUCCCGUGCUGCUGCUGCUCGCCGUGACCCUUAUCAACCUGUUGCUGCAUCAGGUCCGCCACACAAGAUGUACUAUAGCGCGUCUGCACAUUUCCAGCGUCCUCCGCGGAUGCCCCUGCCGAUUGGAGAUGCUACAGCUACGCCAGGUUCGCCGAUUAGCGGGCCUGACGACGCCAGCCCGCUUGCUCCUGAACAGACGCCCAAUUACCAGACAAUGGUGUCAAACUCCGACCUCACCACCACUACCACCGCUGUCGAAGACGAUGAUACUGUGGAUGAUCUCCAGUCGUACGCCGGCAGCGGCUUAGGAAGGGGCGUGCCGACCUAUAUUGAAUGGACGGGCGGUGGUAACAGGGUCUACGUGACUGGAACUUUUGUCAACUGGGAGGCCAAGUUCCGACUACAAAGAAGUGAAAAUAACCCCGCUGUCAUGUCUACAGUUCUAAAUCUCCGACCGGGCACGCAUCAUAUCAAGUACAUUGUCGAUGGUGAUAUGCGGGCCUCGGACAAUCUGCCAACCGCCGUCGACUUUACAAAUCAUCUAGUAAAUUAUAUCGAGAUUAGUGCAGAUGAUGUAAAUCGGUCAAGGCGGGAAAGCGAAAAGGGUGCGGUGCCGCCUGGCAUUCACCCUCCGCAAGUGAUUCCUGAACAGGCUGGCGCUGGCAAGGACGAGUCCGCCGUUGACGAAGACAAGGAGGACAAGGAGGAACCGGAGGAACCGGAGGAAAUCCCGACCGGCGAUUUUCGUAGUAUUAUUCCACCGUUUCUUCUUGACUUGGAUAAGGAUGAGGACAGCGCGAGCUACCAACAAGCUGUCAAUAUCAUUGGCGAUGCGCCAACACCACCGAGCCUCCCGCUUUUCCUCGGAAAAUCUAUUCUCAAUGGCACCACGCCGAUGAAGGAUGAUAGCAGUCUGCUCAACAAUCCUAACCACACAGUUUUGAACCAUCUUGCCACAAGCAGCAUUAAGAAUGGCGUGUUGGCCACCAGCGUGACGACAAGAUACAAACGAAAGUAUGUCACGACAAUUUUGUAUAAACCUACCGGGCAUAUCGGCGAAUAA